AUGUCGGUCCUCGACGCCCUCAAGGGUGUCCUCCGCAUCUCCCUGAUCCACGACGGUCUUGCCCGUGGUCUCCGUGAGGCCGCCAAGGCUCUUGACCGCCGCCAGGCUCACAUGUGUGUCCUCAACGAGGGCUGUGAGGAGGAAGCCUACAAGAAGCUUGUCAUUGCCCUGUGCUCCGAGCACAAGAUCCCUCUCAUCAAGGUUCCCGAUGGAAAGAUGCUUGGUGAAUGGGUCGGUCUUUGCCAGCUUGACCGUGAGGGUAACGCUCGCAAGGUUGUCAACUGCUCUUGCGUCGUUGUCAAGGACUGGGGUGAGGAGUCCCAGGAGCGCUCUGUCCUCCUCAACUACUUCCAGACUGAGCAGUAA